UUACACAUCAACAUGCACUCUGGGGAGAUGGGGCUUGUCACCCAUGGUUGGCAGCUCAUCUAGGAGAAGGAAUACUGAUCUCAAACCUCCACUUGCCUUGUGGGUAUACCCACUCACGGGGAAGGCUUCGGGAGUAAACCUAGAGGAGAAAUCCAGAGCUGGCGUCCCUAAGGCAGUCCUACAUUGACUUCAACACUCACUGGUAACUCCUGUGACACUGCUAAUGCCAAACUGUAUCGGUCUCUGCAGUUCCUUUGGAUAUUUCAGCUGCAUGGGGGACAAGGGGCCUGCUGCAUAGACAACAGCUUGCUCUCUGUAUUGUAGUAGCCUGGCUUGCAUCUCAGGAUGACCCAUGAUCAACCCGGACCAACAUGCAUUCCAGAAACAUCAUGGAAGACUAAAACUAACCAAGAAACAAGCAUCAUCAAAAUAUGAAGAAUAUAUUUGGUCAACGGCAAACCUAUGUGUCUGAUAUGCUCGCAACAAGUGGCUGUGGCAAAAGAGUACAAUAUCAAACGACACUACGAGACGUCACACAGAGAAAAAUAUGACAAGUACGCAGGACGACUCAGAACACAAAAGGUGAACAAGCCUGAAGCAGCUCUGAAAAAGCAGCAAUUAGUGUUCACCAAAAGUCGAGAGACUCAUGAUGGAGCUGUCAAGGCCAGCUAUAUUAUUGCCAGCAAAAUAGCUGCUGCGUCGAAGCCAUUCUCAGAGGGGGAAUUCAUCAAAGCAUGCAUGCUGACGGCAGCUGAGCUGGUGUGCCCUGAGAAGAGACAGGCUUUUGGUACUAUCAGCUUGUCAAGAAAUACUGUGGCAGAGAAAAUCGGGGACCUUGCAGGAGAUUUGAACAGUCAACUAGAAGACAAAGUGAAGUCAUUUAUUGCCUUCUGUAUUGCAAUUGAUGAGAGCACCGACGUGACUGAUGUAGCUCAAUUGGGAAUAUUUAUUCGUGGUGUUGAUGCAUCUUUGACCGUCACCGAGGAGUUUGUGGAGAUGGUGCCCAUGACAAACACCACAAGGGUGAACGAUGUUUUCUCCAGCCUCGUCGAGGCCUUGGACAGACUGGGGACUGACUGGAGUCACGCUAUCAGUGUGGCAACAGAUGGCGCACCGUCCAUGGUUGGGAAAAGGCAGGUGUUGUUACAAAACUCAGAGAGAAAGUUCAGGCAGAGAAUCUGGAGCAGGAAUUCUGGAAUUUUCAUUGUAUUAUACACCAAGAGGCAUUAUGUAGCAGGAGCCUGAAAAUGGACAAUGUCAUGGAUGUAGUAAUCAAAACGGUUAAUUUUAUUAGAGCCAACAGACUCAACCAUCGGCAAUUUGAUACUCUUUUGUCCGAAAGUAAUAUUGGACGCAGCCUACCCUACCACACUGAAGUCCGCUGGUUGAGCAGAGGGGUUGUGCUCAAACGUUUUUUCAAUUAUGUGCAGAAAUUGGACUAUUCAUGAACGAGAAAGGGAAGCCAGUGGCAGAGUUGGAUGACCCAGACUGGCUUCAUGAUCCUGCAUUUUUGGUGGAUAUAACAAGAGCACUUAAAUGUGCUUAAUGUUAACAUGCAAGGCUGCAACAAACUUGUUACGGAAUACUACGACAGCAUUCGUGCCUUUCAAAUUAAAUUAGGACUGUGGGAGAUGCAACUAUCCCGGAACAACCCAGCUCAUUUCCCCUCUUUGCAGUCAUGGGAAUAAUGACAGCAUGGACAGGUACAAGGACAAAAUAUCACAGUUGAAAAGCAAGUUUCAGAAUUGUUUCCAAGUCUUCACUCAGCUCAAGAAGGAAUUCUCACUAUUUCGCUCGCCGUUUGCCGACAACGUAGCAUCAGAUGUGCCGGAGGAACUCCAAAUGGAACUAAUUGAAAUUCAGUGUAAUUCUGCUUUGAAAUAUAAAUUUGAGACCGUGGGUCUGGACUCAUUCUAUCAAUACCUGGGACCAAUGUACCCCAAGAUGACAGACUUUGCCUCAAAGAUCCUUUGCAUGUUUGGGACAACUUAUCUCCGUGAGCAGGCGUUCUCCAUAAUGAACAUUAACAAAUCCAAACUGCGCUCGCAGCUGACACACAGACAUCUAAAUGACAUUAUGAAAAUCACAACUGCCCAGAAACUGGUCCCUGAUGUUGACAGGCUGGUUAAAGCCAAGAGAUGUCAGGUGUCUAGAAGCAGCAAGUGAAAAAUGAGUGACACUAUUCAAUGCACUGUGACAUGUAAGCAAAGUGCAUUAUGAAAUAUUGAGUGUCAUAAUAUUGUGAUUCAUUCAUUUUCUGACUAUUCUAUUACUGUAAAUGUGAAC